CGGGCUCAAAGUUUCAGAAACUUCCCACGUGUUGAAUGUAAACAGCGAAAAAUGUGAAAGUCUUUUUUCAAUGCAUUGUCAUUCGAAGCGACGGUUUUAACAGACGGUUCUAACAUAAAGAAUGGGAUCUCCAAACACAGAACACAGCAAUUUAUGCAGGAAAAAGCGAAAAAAGGAGAGAGUCAGGAAGAAAGCUGCAGAGGGUGAGCAGAAUGGAAAUAAGGAGGAGGUUCCCACAGUGAAUUGUGAUGAUGUUCAUAUGAAGAAAAAUACUAAGAGGAAAUGUGAGAAGAUGAAAGAGGGGAAUGAUAAAUUAACAAACUCAAAUGAAUUUGUGACUGAGAAGAGAAAAAAAGUUGAACAUAAAGUUACGGACGAGGAGUGUGAAUUAGGUAGUGAUGAAGUUUGUGGAAGUUCAGCAAAGAAAUCAAAGAAAGACAAAAAGAAAAAGAAGAAAGUACCAACUGAAUCUGAGAGCAUAUCAUUGUCUGGCAGUGGUGUAAACAGCCAGGACCAGUGCACGUGUCCCUCCGUUAAAAAGAAGAAAAGAAAGAAGUUGGUAGUUCUGGAAGAUGAGAUGGAGAGUGAUGAGGAAAAGAUUUGUGUUAAAUCGAUGGAGGAUUCACAGAAAAAGAAGUCAAAAAAGAAGACAAAAUCUAAAGAUAAGAAAGAUGAAUGUGUCAGAGAUUUGACAGAAAUGUGUGAUGAAGACAAACAGUCCAAGAAGGAGAAAAAGAAGAAGAAGAAGUCCAAGGAUAAGAGUGAGAAAUGUUUGGAAGAUUUGACAAAAAUGUAUGAUGGAACAGACCCUAGUAACAAACAGUCGAAGAAAGAGAAAAAGAAAAAACCUACAGACAAAGAUAAAGAUACUGAUGACCGGGCAACAGAACCUGAAAACAAAGGCAGAAAGGGUAAGCACAAGAUGACUGACCAUGGCACAGAGAAUGGGAUUACUGAGGACAGUGAAAGCGUCCAUGAGGACAGCUCUGAAAGGCCCAGUGGCAAGAAGAGGAAGAAAAAGAAGGGUAAAGAUACUGACGAUGAACCAGAUUUGAAGAAGUCAAAGGGUGGCCUUGAAUGUGGGCCAAGAACUGAAAACAAGAAAAUCUCCAGUGACCCAGAUCCAGCUUACACUGGUCAGUGGACCACAGCAUCCCUCGGCGAUGAACAGCGGCAAAACAAAUUCCUGCGCUUAUUGGGAGGGUUUAAAGCUGCCAAGAGUGACGCACCCCAGUUGUCCACUCUGGGGGGUAAGUGUGGCAAUGUGGCCAUGACCCAGAAUCAAGAGAACCUGUACAUGAGGAGCAUGGAGGACCAGUAUGGGAAAGCCAUGUCAUUCAACAAGAAUCGAGGGCUGGGGUUAGGGUUCGAGAAGCCGCCCUCUGAGGGCAAGAAGUUCUACAUUGACAAAAACAUGUCCAAGUCAAAAAAAUUUAAUGAUUAAGUCAUUUUUUUUCAAACAUUAUGCAAAGCUUUUGAAAUAAAUCUUUGGUUUUAUGUGUUUUAAGGUUAAAUGUAAAUGUAUUUGGGCUUUGU